GCCAGUGGCGCCAGCGCGCCAUGGCGGCCGACAACGGAGCAGCUGGGGUGCAGCUGCUGGACUCUCGUGGGAUCGGCAAGGUGCCGACAUUCUCAGGCAAGAGGGAGGACUUCGAGGAUUGGAUCUUCCCGUUCGAAUACUUCUGCGGCCUGCUGGGCUGGACGGCGGGCCUGGAGAGGUCAAGAGAAGCUGAGGAGCCGCUGACUGCGGAAAAGCUCGGCGAGCAAGGAGUGCUGGUAGGCAGGAGCUUGUACCACCUGCCGGCGAGCACCACGAAAGGCGCGGCGCAGAGCAUCGUCAAGCUCUGCCCGCGAGGCGACGGCUUCGAAGCAAUGCGGAGGCCGUGCAAGGAGUACAGGCCGAGGCUGAAUGAGGAGCACGGCCAGAUGCUCCAGCAGAUCCUGACGCCGACGUGGUGGAAGGAUCGCGAGGGGAAGGAGCGCUUCACAGAGGUGCUGGUCGCUUGGGACGAGUUGAUCUCGAGGUAUGAGCGCGCGACUGGAGAGCAGGUCACGCAGAACAUGAAGACGAGCACGAUCAUGGCCCACGCACCAGAGGAAGUGAAGGUCAUGCUACGCUCGGCGCAGCGUGAGGUGCGCAGCGACAUCACGCAGAUGAGGAACUGCAUCUUCGAGGCGGUGAUCGGCCAGAGUGGAGUGGUCUCGAGGCCGCCGACAGCGAACAAGGGGAGCAACGACAUGGACGUCGACGCGAUCUCCAAGGGCAAGGGCAAGGACAGCAAGGACAAGUGCCAGAUCUGCCACAAGCCGAGCCACACGGCCCGCGACUGCUUCUGGCGUGACAAGGGGAAGCAGAAGGGCGACGGAAAAGGACAGCUACACCUUCACGGGGGGAAGUGCGACUAUCGCCACAAGACGGGCCACAAGAAGGCAGAAUGCAAGAAGCGGAUCGCCGAUGAGAGGGCCAAAGGCAAUGCGGCCAUCGAGCAGGAGAGCACGGACCCGAAGACGGUAGCCAAGAUCGAGUACGCGGAGUACGAGCGCGGGAUCUGCGACGACGACCAGCUCUACUGCAUGGCGAUGGAGGUGGAGGACCCCGAGACGGAGUGCUGCGGCAUGGAGCUCGAAGAGACGACCUUCAUCACGCUGGACACGGCGAGCGACUGCCACGUGGGGCCGAUUUGCUUCGGAGAAGGAUGCAGGAAAGGCGAGGAUCGCGGACCAAGGCUGCUGGAUGCGCAGCAGAAUGAGAUCAAGAUGGGCUCCAUUGCGACGGUGCCGAUGGCGGUUGCUGACGACUGCGAGCAGCUGAAGCUGCUGAAGGCGGACUUCAGGCUGGGUGGCACGGCGUCGAAGCCGAUCCUUUCGUUGCUGGAGGUGAUGGACAAGGGCGCCGAGUUCUGGCUGAGCGCGAAGACGGGCAUGUGCAUGUACCCUGGCGGUGACCUCAGCAGGGGCACCCCACUCACCAGGAAGAACAACACGCUGGGAUUCAACGCGAAGACCUUCAAGACAGCUACGGAGGCGAAGGAGUUCGCGGCCAGCGUGAACGCGAAUGAGCAGCAGGAGGAGGCGUUCGCGCCGACGCCUGGGGCUGCGGGCAGCGGAGCAGCGACAGCGGCGCCGGCUGCACCGGCGGCUGCCGCCUCGGAUCCAGCGCGAGGUGGAGCAACUGAGGGCGCGGGAGGAGAGCGACUGGCUCGACAUCCUGUGCUACUACGCGAAGGUCAGGAGAUCGUCCUGCACCCUUCCAGCCGCGCGGAGGACAUGCGGGCGAGGCUCAAGGAGAUGGGCCAGCCAAUCUACGGCAGAAAGGGCGAGCUGCGGGCUAGGCUCAGCGAUGCGGAGCGGAGGCUCACGGCGCACCACAUGAAGAUGAAGGAGUUGGAGCGCAGGCACGAGGAGUCCGUUCAGGGAGGACCCUCGAUAGCACCACGAGAAGUAGCAGGGCCAGCAGCGCCCACGGAUGCAGAAAGAGCAGCUCAUGAACUGCUUCACCUCGCGAGGGCGCCGUGGUGCGAAGCCUGCGCGCGGGGAAACGAGACGACCAAGCCGCACAAGACCCUCACAUUCGAUCAGAAGGACACUGGGAAGGCGCAGAACACCCUGGACUUCUGCUACCUGAAGACCAACGGCGACUGGGCGGAGAUCGGAGAUGUGGAGCCGCCAGCGGCGGACAUCUUCGCGACGACGCUCGCGAUGGCAGACAGGGGCACGCUGAUGUUCAAUGCGGUCUCGAUGCCCGCCAAGGCGGUCACGGACUACGCAAUAGCCAGCGUGAGCAGCUUCAUCGAGGGCAUGCAUCUCACGACGGCGGACAUCAAGACGGACGGCGAGCCCACGAUCGUGAACUUGGUGGAGGAGGUGCGGAAGAGGCUGAACAAGAGCAUCAAGCUGGAGGAGAAGCGUGGGAACCUGAGGGACAGCCAGAGCAUGGGCGCGAUCGAGGCAGCCUACGGAGUGACCUACAACGGAGAGAUUCUCCCCUUUGGCGAGACGGCUCUCUUCAAGACCCCGAUCUCCCACACGAGGCAGAUCACGACCACGUCGCUGAAGCGCAAGGGCGAGUCGAGUUUCGUGAAGGGUAUCUGGAUCGGGAAGCACAAGGAGAGCGACGACCACUUGUUCUUGACGCCAGCAGGCUGGCACCGCGCAAGAACAUGCAGGCGACUGGAGCCAGCAUUGCGAGCAGAUGGUAAGCUGAUGAAGGCAGUGAAGGCCCCACCCUGGGACGCGAGGAGCGCUAAGCCGUGCGAGCUACUGCCCAGGAUUCAGAGGCCGAUGCCCACGAUCGUUCUGACGGCGGCGGAGCAGAAGGCGAAGACCGAGGCGCAGGAGGCAGCACGCGUGGCGGCUCCACCCCAGGGGGCGCCCGAGCAGGGGGCGCAGCCGGCUGCAGCAGCGAGCGCGGAGCCAUCGUCGGCACCCGCGGGACCUGGAGCUGGAGCAGCAGCGGCGGCGAGACCAGAGGAGAAGAGCACGACGGAUGCGGACGCGCCGAUGACACCUCGAGGGAUGAUCAGACCUGCCGAUGCUGAGGACUUCGGUGCGCCAGGCAAGCGCGCGAAGCACGUGGACGCCACCUCGCUCGACGACCCUAUCGACUACAGCAUCCUGGACAGGAUGGGCACAGACUGCUACAUGACGGUCAGCGGACUGGAGCCCGCGGUGGAACUCAAGGGCAAGCGCGAAGCGCUAGAGGUGCUGGCGCACUACGGGGCGCACUACCAAGCGGACCAGACGGAAAAGGUUUGCGUGGAGCCACCUGCUGAGUAUCUGGCGAUAUUGGCGGAGAUGGGCAGGCCGACCGAUAUCGUUCGGGCGCAGAACAAGAUGCUACCUGGGCAGCGCGUGGCAGGCGCUGGCUGGGUAGACAAGGCGGCGAAGACUCUGACGGGAGAGGGCUUUGACAGGAGUGAGUGUCAGCCGCAGUUUUACUACCACAGGGAGAAGAAGAUCCUGAUCGAGGUGCACAUGGGCGACUUCCACGGAGAGGGUCCCAUCGGCAACCUGGACGGGGUCAUCAAACGGCUGCGGGAGGUGUUCGACCUGAAAGCGACGGACGUCAUCAGGCAGGGACGCUACUCACACCUGAAGCGUGACAGGCUGAGGCUCAUGAACGGCAACAUCACGCUGAGGCCGAACGUGAAGCACAUUGACGACCUGAUCUACGUGAUGGGCAUGGAGAAGGCCAAGCCAGCGAAGGUGCCAAGCUUGACUGAGGAGGACCCGACAUGGAGCCCUGAAUUGGACGAGAUCGAGAGGGCGAGGUUUCGCACAGGAGUUGGGAUCGCGCUCUACAUCUCGCCCGACAGAGCGGACAUCCAGCGGGACGUGCAGCUGCUGACCAGGAACCUGAGUCAGCCGACGGAGUUUGACAGGAAGCGACUGGUGAAGCUGGUGAGGCGCCUGAAGGGGGCAAAGACGUUUGGAGUGCUUUUGGAGAAGCCAACUGGGAGCAAGCCUGGAGAAGUGAAGCUGCAGUUGUUCACAGGCACGGACUUUGCGACGUGCAAGGAGACGAGGCGUGCGAUGACCUGCGGGAUCACAAAGCUGGACGGAGUGCACUUCGCAGCGUUUGCGAGGAGGCAAGGAGUUCAGAGCACAUCCUCAGGCGAGGCGGAGUUCUACGGCGCGACCUCGGUGGUGAUGGACGGCAAGCUGGUGAAGAACGUGCUGGAGUGGUUGGGCUACAAGGUGACCUGGGAGCUCGGGAUCGACAGCAGCGCCGCGAAGGCGAUGAUCAACCGCGAGGGCGUAGGCAAGGUGAAGCACCUGGACGUUCGGGCGCUGUGGAUCCAGCAGGAGCGGAAGGUCCACGGACUGAACAUCAAGAAGGAGAGUGGAACCAAGAACGUGGCCGACCUAAGGACCAAGGCGCACACCACGGAGCGGUUCGAGUACCUGCGAGAGCUUGCUGGCAUCAUCGACUGCAGCGAGAUGGACAAGCACAAGGAGCUGGAGGCAUGCUCGGUGACAACGAGCGCCUGGGCUAAGCAAGGGUUGUUGGCGACACUGCUCGCGCAAGGAGCGACGGGUGGUGCGACCAGGUCAAGUGAAUGCGCAGUGCGGGAUCUCGACCAGAGUGCAGUUACCCUCUGGGAGGCUACAAAGCUGCAGGACUGGAUCGAUGACCACAUGGCACUGAUCAUCCUGAGCGUGAUGAUGAUGACAUUCGUGGCAGGUGCACUGCUCGGGUGUUGGAUCUGCAAGAAGUGGACGACGAUGAAUAGCGACACGAAGCUAAAUCUGGUAAAGCAUACGAACAUCCCAAAUCGGAGAAAGGAGCUGAUCAACAAGGUAAGGUUUACGGACAGGCGAGCCACGGGUGAGAACGAGCUUGCGGCCAAUGGCAAGGUGAACGAGGUGAUGUGCCUCGACGAGGCGCCGUGGGGGCGUGCAGGCGUCAGUGAGUGCACGGCCCCUCCCGAGGCGGCCAGAGGGGCCCGGCGCGUCUCGCCGCUGCUCUCGGCCCGCCACCUGCAGCAGGCGCAGCCGGGGGCGUCGCCGGAGGAGCCGCGCCUGCCGUCGGGGCGGGCGUCCUUGUGGGUGGGGGCGGAGCACCAGCAGGUGCGGCUCUUCCGCCCGUUGUUGCCGCUGCCGGCGGGCGGCUCCGAUGCUCGCACGAAUCCUGUGGCGCAUGAUGCUACUGGCCAGCGGUUUCGCGAGUUCAGAGAUGCAGCGCCGCUCAUCACAGAAGAUCCGUGGCCAGACUGGCCUAUCAGAGGCCCUCGAACGACGUCGUUGGAUUGUAGAUUCAUUUUGACUAACGGAAGAACUCCCUUGGGACGGCACAACAGGUGGCGCGCGGAUUGUAAGCUUCAGCCGGGACAUCCAGGCGUCGACUCCCGUGAGGGAGGCUGUAGGCUUCUGACUCUCGCUUGUCAUGAUCAAGUGAAUGCGCCAAACAUAGCUGCUGCUGAGAUAGCUGCUCGGGAGACACAGGUCGCCGAAGAGCGAUAUCGCAACAAGGUCGCAGGUGGCAGUGGUGAGAGGCUGGAUUCUAACCUUGCUAGGGGCGCUGAUCUGGUGCGCGGGAAUCUCUGCGUCAUGCCUGAGCUCACUCAGUUGAUCGCCAAGUGA